AUGGACCAUGACCUAGCGUCGCCUCGUCGCCACGAACUACUUUCUCCAAGGGCAUCCAGAUCACCGCUAAGACUGAUGAACACUCCACAGAGGGGGGCGUCGAAAUCGCCGUCGAAAUCGCCUUCUAGGGCUCCGCCUAUGGAACCGGCACUGCCGCUACAACAACGACAACACGAGUUGGUGGCUAAGCAUAACUCGCUAGCAAGAGAAUACGCUCUGCUUGAAGAAGAGCUUGUGAAGAAGACUACGCUCGUGGACGAGCUCUCUGUGAAAGUUGCAAACACUGAACGGGUCAUGAAGGCGCUUCAGGAGGAACGCCGUAACGAGCUGGCUCUUUACGAGAAGGAAAUCGCUUUUUAUAAGGAUACCAUUGCCGAUUUGCAGCGCAAGUCGCUGCGGUACCUCCAGCAGCUUGAGCACGGCCGGUCCCAGUCUCACCAGGUGUCUCAGGAACUGGACGAUAAGUAUGCCAAGCUACUUAAGUCGGUGAAGGCGCUCCAGCUGGACCUUGAGCUUGAACGGAACCUGAAGGCUUUGCUUAUAGACCAGAUUGAGUACUUGACGAAAGAACGGGACUUUUUGCUUGAACACGGUGCUGAAAACUCGGCGCCUGCUUCUAGAGUUGCCUCGGGUUCCAGUGUUUUGAGGCACGAAAUCACCCCAGCCGACUUUGAAGACGAAUCUGAUGGAAGCGUCCACGGCAGCCACAUGCUCAGCAGUCUAGCAGACGAAUUGGUUGAGGAUGACGAUUAUGCAUUAGAGACUUCCUCGCCAAUAAAGAGCCCAGUCUAUAAAGAAGAUAACUUCAUGGACGUCGCUAAGAACUUCCAGUUCCCUCCUUCUCCUGAAAAACUUCCUCCUCCACAAUCCUCCAGGCUCCCGCCUUCGCCUGACUCAAAUGUCAAUGAAAAACAUAAAUCCCUCCCUAUCCAACUUAAAGACCAAGAAGACUUUGUGCUUUCGCCUAUGAAAUUAACCAGCAACGCCAAUGGCUACUUCGACCACGAUGUAUCGCUACCUAGCCGGACAGCCAGCACAUCCAAGAGACAUCUGUUAAUUAAACCAAACCACUCCAGAUACAAUUCCCAUGACUUCAUGCCCAUCAAGGUGGAAUUUGAACAGCAGGAUCAACUGUACAGAAGUGCUUCUGCACCAUCCAAGGAACUUUUAAACAAUCUCAAUGAAGCGGAUGAAGACCAAGGAGGAGAUCAAGCCGAAGCGUUCCGUAAGCUUCAGGGGCUCGAGCCUUCGAAACGUGACUCUUUACUUACGUCUUCUUCCAAGCGUUCUAGUUUGUAUACGGAUCUUAAUAUUCUGAGCGGUGACAUCACGAAACAGGAGAUUAUGAAACUCAAGUUUGAGUUGCAAUCUCUUAAAUUGCAUAACGAGAAGCUUCUUUCAUACAUUGGCUUUGAACUUCAAAAGCAAAAGAAGAAUAUCAAGAAGCUUUCCAGCAGAAGCAAUCUUCGUGGCAACGUGGAAUAUUCAGAUGCCAAAUUGAUAGAGAAACUGAGAGACAUGCUUAUCCAAAAGAAACGCGUGCUUCGGUCUGUAUCCAUCAACCCUAUUCUUUCCACGAAAUUGGGUAUGGCCAAUAAGCCUGGACUAUUUGAUUCGUCUUUAGGUCUUGGUCUUGCUCAAGCACCACUGGGUGAAGAAGAAGAAGAUGAUGACUUUGUCUUCAAGAGCCGAUUCAUCAAUUCAGUUGCCGAUGGAGAUUGUGACAACUACGGGUUCCUAGCACACCACCGCAAACAAAGCCUGAGGCUCUUUUCGAAUCAUACCCAAGAGUAUCUCAACGAGGUAGAUGCCAAACAACCCAAGAAGGCCAAGUCACAAACAUUUGCAUCUCUGCUUGCUAACGAAGAAGUCAGCUUUUCUCAAUUCGAAACUGACUGGGAGCAUACAGUAGAGGAUAGCAUUGACGGGGAUGAAGAAGAAGAAGACGAUCUAUGGGAAGACGAUGCUGGCAGUGAAAAAUCGUCCAGUGGAAGUGAAAUCGACUACGAUAAACUCAACACGCUAAACCAGCUCCGAUAUCUUAUCAUGGGCAAAGAACAUUUCCGCAAGAAACGCCGAAGUCUGGAGGAACCCUUGGUGGAUGAAAACUUGAAGUACAAGUUCCUCACGGUGGUUAUUGGUAUCACCGUCCUAGGGCUCCGAUUCACGGCACAUCCUCAGCAGCAUAACUAA